CUGGAUUCUACACUGUCAUUUACUCUGGUCCUUAUUAAUCUGUCUCUCUCAAAACUGUGUUUAAUUUUUUUUUUUAAUCUGGAGAUGAUCCCAGCUCCACAGGCUUUGGCUGCAUGAUGCUUUGAGCAUUGAGGAAUACUUCAACAUCAUCCUCCUGUCUUCUUCUCCACUGAAUCCUCACCUUGAAGGGGAGAAAGGUGAAAAGAAAAGGUCUGUCUUUCCUCUGUGGGACCUGUGGCAUCACUGACCAUCCUGCGGUGCCACAAACUCAGAAAGGAUGAAGAACAGCUCUUAGUGGAAUUUUAUUUUUGCCUUUCUCCAAACAAAGUGUGCUAGUGAGGUAUCAAGACACAGUUUUGGGAUAAAGCAACAGAGGAACAAAGAUAAAAUGCCUUUUGGGUUAGCAGGUUUGAAAGAACAGGUGCUUAAGCCUGGGAAGGAGGAAGUGAAGAACACAGUGGGGGACUCUCUAGGAAAACUGCAAAGGAAAAUAGAUGGAAGUAAUAUAGAAGAAGAAGACAACAUAGAAUUGACAGAGGAUGGGCGCCCGGUGGCGUCAACUCCACGUCCUGUCCCGCUGGUGGACUGCAGCUGUGGCGGUCUCCCUAAGCGCUACAUCAUUGCCAUCCUCAGCGGGCUAGGCUUCUGCAUCUCCUUUGGCAUCCGCUGCAACCUCGGCGUGGCCAUUGUGGAGAUGGUGAACAACAACACAGUGUAUAUAAAUGGAACUCCUGUGCUUCAGAAAGCUCAGUUUAACUGGGACCCAGAGACAGUGGGGCUGAUCCAUGGCUCCUUCUUCUGGGGCUAUAUUGUCACUCAAAUCCCUGGGGGUUUCAUCUCUAACAAGCUGUCUGCCAACAGGGUGUUUGGAGCAGCCAUUUUCCUGACAUCAGUGCUCAACAUGUUCAUCCCGUCAGCAGCCAGGGUGCACUACGGCUGUGUCAUGUUUGUGCGCAUCCUGCAGGGCCUUGUGGAGGGUGUCACCUACCCAGCAUGCCAUGGGAUGUGGUCCAAAUGGGCGCCACCUCUUGAACGGAGUCGACUGGCAACAACUUCAUUCUGUGGAUCAUACGCAGGAGCUGUGAUUGCCAUGCCAUUAGCUGGAAUCAUGGUUCAGUACGUCGGAUGGUCUUCGGUCUUCUACAUCUAUGGUGUUUUGGGGAUCUUGUGGUAUAUCAUGUGGCUUCUGCUGGCAUAUGGGAGUCCUGCGGCACAUCCCACCAUCACUGAUGAGGAGAGGAUGUACAUAGAGAGCACCAUCGGAGAAACAAUGAACCAGAUGAGUUUGACUGGGAAAUUCAAGACUCCAUGGCGUCGUUUCUUUACCUCCAUGCCUGUCUAUGCCAUCAUCGUGGCCAACUUCUGCCGCAGCUGGACCUUCUACCUGCUCCUCAUCAGCCAGCCGGCGUAUUUUGAGGAAGUCUUUGGCUUCCCUAUUAGCAAGGUGGGGAUCCUGUCUGCUGUCCCCCACAUGGUGAUGACAAUAGUGGUCCCUAUUGGAGGACAGCUGGCUGACUACUUACGCAGCAACAAAAUCAUGUCUACAACAAAUGUGAGGAAACUUAUGAACUGUGGAGGGUUCGGGAUGGAGGCUACCCUGCUGUUAGUCGUUGGGUUUUCUCACACUCGAGGUGUCGCCAUCUCCUUCCUCGUUCUGGCUGUAGGGUUCAGUGGAUUCGCCAUCUCAGGUUUUAAUGUCAAUCAUCUGGAUAUUGCUCCUCGCUAUGCCAGCAUCCUCAUGGGCAUCUCUAACGGGGUGGGAACUCUCUCUGGGAUGGUGUGUCCUCUGAUAGUUGGAGCCCUGACCAAACACAAGACUCGUCUGGAGUGGCAGAACGUCUUUGUUAUUGCGUCCAUGGUGCACUACACAGGGGUCAUCUUCUACGCUAUCUUUGCCUCUGGAGAGCAGCAGGAAUGGGCCAACCCUGAGAGCACCAGCGAGGAUAAAUGUGGCAUUAUUGAUGAGGACGAGCUGGCUGAGGAGUCAGAGCUGAACACUGAGAACAUGAUUGCUCCCAAAAAGGGCUACGGGACCACGGAAAAUUCAUCUGGACGGAAACAGAGCUGGACAAAGAAAAGAGGGGUGACCAUGCAAGAGGAGGAGGAACAUUUUAGGAAUGGGGACUACCAGGAGGGGUACCAGUGAGACGCCUGUGGGCCAAAGGACUCUCUAAACACUCUAAUCACCGGAAGGCUGCAGGUUUAUUUCACUCAUGUGGGAAUGUUACAUGGAGAAGAGAGGAGCAGCUGCAUCAUAUGUACCUCAUAAUGGCCUUUUUUCGUUUUCGACUAAUACAGCAGUUUAACUGUGAUGUACUGUCAUGUUCGCCAGAAGAAACCAAGUGGAAGCACAGCAUUGAAAAAGUCAUAAUUUGAAAUCAUAUUAUCAUAAUUGAAGUGACAAAAUAGAAGAACAAAAAAAAGAUUUAAUCAAAAACAGAAGCAUAAAUUUACACUUCAUUGACACAAACAGUAGACUAGCAUUUCUCUAAUGAUGGAAACUAAACAACAGACCAACAUUCAUGAACAAACUUCUGCAAGCAAAACAUCUUAUGUCGCUUUCUUCGCACUUUGUGAACAUUUUUUGAUAUGUUUAGUGUCAGCUAUGCAACGAGAAAAGAGACGUGCUCCUGGAAUGUGAUAAUGGGUUUGACAGCAGACCACAGUGUUAAUGUAAUGAGCUGUAUAUUGUUUUAUUGCUUGUAUGUAUUUGCUGUUCUUAAAAGAUUGCACUCUUUCACUGCUAACUUGCUCUCCUUGUCUGAGCAGGUCUCUGCUCAGCGUCCUUUUGUAACUCCUCCCAGCUUCAUACUGAAAUGAAAUGGACGGUGAGUUCAGAGCUAACGUUACUCCUUCAAGCAUUUAGUGUAACUUCUGUUGUUGGCUUCUUUGCAACCUCUGAAUGUUUGUAACAUGGAGACCCGCUUUGUUUCUCAAAAGAAAUGAUGUACUGUAAUGUUUCACUUUAAUCAUAAAUGA